CCUCGACGUAUCGCCAUGCUCUCCGCGCGGCGAAGAAAUUAUGCGAAUGCGGCAGGAACUAGAAGCUGCUCGUCGAUCGAUAGCCGAAAAAGACGAGAAAAUGUGCCGAAUGUCACGAAUUCAAGACUCGGUCGAUGCUGAAGUUCAAGAGCUCACCGAAAAGCUAUUUCAAGAAGCCUAUAGAAUGGUCAACUACGCAGAGGAACGACGUGAGAAAGCUGAGAAAUUGCUGAAUGAGUCGAAAUUACAGGUGGAAGUUCUAACAGCCGAAGUAACAGCGCUAAAAGUGCUUGUACAGACUCCAGGCAUGGGUCACAAUCACUUCCUUCGCACUUCACCCGAGCAUAAAUCUGCAUUGGCAAAGCUCUUUUCGACUUCAUGUAAGUCCACAACUUCAGCCAAGCGAUCAAGUUCGUCAGGAGCUAUACCACCAAGGAAAUCUUCGACGAUGCCACCGUCUACGGCGUAUUUGUCAAGGGAACGGGAAAGAGAAACCGAACAGAAGGAGGCGGAUUUGGUCGAGGAGCUCUCUGACUCAAUCCUAGACUCUAUAGCGGCAAAUAAGCUCGAAUUAGAGCCUGUACAUGAAAACAAGCCGUCUGUAAUGCCCUGCGCCUUGACCAAAGUGUCGCGAUUUUGCCCUUACCGGGUACGAGUUGCUGAAGAUGCCGAAUGGCAUAGGAUAUCCUUACUAGCCCGAAAUAGGAUAGCUGCAGUAUGCGAUUACUACACAUUCAUUCGCUAUUUACGGCAAGGAUUGAUCAAAUCGGGUGUCCGGGACACAUACUUUGAUAUGAUGACAUUAAGGAAGAAUAUGUGCCUAGCAAAACUUGGCCUUGGAUUCGUGCCAAAAACCACUCUGCGGCCAGGAUUCUAGCU